AUGGCGUCAUCAAAGGAUGGCAAAGGUCAUAAAAACAACUGCAUUGUCAUCAGCAAUCCGAAGGUAACUAUGCAAAGCAAUAAACGAAUCCUGAAAUUGGAUGAUACUGAAUUUUUAAUUAACGAAGAACGGAUGAUUGCAACUUCUAAUUUUCUCAAACGAAUGCUUAUUGAGAAGAAAAAAGUGAUUGUACUUAACGAUUUAAAAGAAAAAGAGCCGUGCUUUGAUGGGAUCGGUUUAGCAAUUGCAAUUUCAUUUGCAAAUGGAUAUGCCGAAAUACCACUUAAUCAAAUCAUUAGCGCCUUAGCAGCAGCAAAUGCACUCGAAAUGUGGACUAUGCGUAGAGCAAUCAGCGAACAACUUUGCAUAUUGGCCGCUCAACCGGAAAGUGCACCCUUUGCUAUUAAUGUCGCUACGUGUAAUUUGGAAAAAGAUACAGCAAAACAUGUCGUAAAGCAAUCCUUGGGUAAGUUCGAUGAAGUGAUCAAGCAAAAUAGCUUUCUCGCUAUUAAUGAUUCAAGUUUCGAAUUCUUCAUUUCUCUUUUUAUUUAUGAGCAUUCUUCCACUAUCGAUAAACAUGAAAAGCAGUCAACAGCUGAAUCAGCAGCGCAAGCAAUCAAAUUGUGGUGCGGCAGUGAUAAUCAACGUCAUGCGUUUGCAAAGAACAUACUCAGUAAAUUGCGACCUUCCUGCGACUUUAAUAUUGUUGAUCAUAUUGAAAGAUUGAUUGCUCCAAAUUCAGCAAUUCAUUCGCUCAGAGAUAAGGUGGAAAUGAUCAAUGAUACCGCAGCUCAACACAAUGAGCUUAAAAUAACACAUACAACUGCUGGUGAUCCAAAUAUUGAUUCAGAUGAAUCGUUGAAAUUUGAAGCAUUCCGUCAAAUUGAACUUCCAGCAGCUGAACCGGAUGAAAACGGAAUUCGCCAUUAUUCAUUCAUCGUCGAAUUUGAAGCGCCAAAAGAAUUGCUUAUCUCGAAUAAGCCUAAAUUUAUUGGCUUGCAACUUGAAGCAAUCCUGGAAUGUCCGAACCAAUAA